AUGGCGAGCUUCAAAGGCAAAGUCAUCGCUAUAACCGGAGGCGCUUCCGGUAUAGGGUUAGAGACUGCGAAUCUGCUAGUAUCAAGAGGAGCGAAAGUAUCACUAGCGGAUGUCCGGGAAGGGCCACUUCAGGAAGCCGCACUCGCAAUUCAGAAAAUGGGUGGCGAGGUUUUUACCUUUAAAUUAGAUGUCCGGGACCGAAAGCAAGUAGAUGCCUGGGUAUCUGCCACAGUCUCUCAUUUUGGCAAAUUGGAUGGCGCGGCGAAUAUUGCUGGUGUAACAGGAAGAAGCAUUGGGGUUAAGAGGGCGGAUGAGUUGGAAGAUGAUGAUUGGGACCUCGUCAUCGGUGUAAACUUGACUGGAUUAAUGUAUUGCCAGCGUGCUGAGCUUCGGGCACUGAGAGAAGGUGGUGCGAUCGUAAAUGCUGCCUCUGUUGCUGGGCUCCAAGGCCGCACAAAGAAUGCGGCAUACUCGGCGAGCAAGCAUGGAGUAGUUGGUCUGACAAGAAGUGCUGCUAAAGAUAUGGGUGGAAAGGGCAUCCGCGUUAACGCCAUUGCGCCAGGAACCAUUGAUACGCCAAUGGUUACCCAAGCAAAGCAACUGGCUGGGUUGGACCCUACUGUACUGAAGCUCGACAACAGCUCAGCGGCUUUGAAGCGACUAGGGGAGCCAUCCGAAGUAGCACAUCUAAUAGCCUUCCUUCUAAGCGAUGAAUCUUCGUUCAUCACAGGUGCUGUGAUGUGCAUUGACGGAGGGUGGAACUGUUGA